UGAAGAUGCUUUACUCGUAGGAAGCCAGUGUUGGCAUAAUUGCAACUCCCUUUACCCUAGUAAUGGACUUUUAUUGCUAUGUCCCGUUUGGUACUGAGCCUGAAUGCAACCAAUUCCGAAUCCUUACGCUACUACCCGGUUCAGGGGAAGAACCAUUAGAAUGCAUCCUAUCCCACGGGGAUAUAGGCGAGUCGCCUCCCUACGAAGCUAUCUCCUACGUUUGGGGCGAUCCCCACGAUAAAGCCGGCAUCAUAUGCAACGGCAAGCCUUUAGCUAUUACCGCUGGCCUUCACACUGUCCUACACCAUUUUCGUUCACCGUCGGAGAGGAGAAGUCUUUGGGCAGACGCGAUUUGUAUAAACCAGAAUGACAGUAAUGAGCGAGGAAGUCAAGUUGGUCGUAUGAAGGAUAUAUACUCGAAAGCUGACCGGGUCCUCAUAUGGCUUGGUGAAGAGAAGGACGAAAGCGACAGGGGCAUCGCGGUGGCUUUAGAUAUCGCCUAUGCCUGUCAUCAAUAUACUUCCCACGGUGGUUCACUCGUAACCAUUAGUUUCGACGACGAGCUUGCCCUUCAGCUAUUUGGAAAAUUCAGGGAUAAGUCUGAGUUCCCCCGACUAUCAGCUUUUGCUCGGAUCAUCGAAAGAUUGUGGUUCACAAGAGUCUGGGUAGUCCAAGAGCUUGCAUUAGCGACAGAUGCUAUGGUGUUCUGUGGAAACUCGCAUAUCAGCUGGACUGAUCUUCUUGCUGCCAUCACUGCCCAGGACCAUUUAAACUUAUGGCUCUCUGACCAUGAGCGUAACGCCUAUGUCUUCAUCCUAGAGAGAGCACGUGAGGAGUGGCGCGCAGGUAUCCGACGAAGCCUCCUCAGUGUCCUAUUUCGAUACCGAAUACUCGAUGCUACCGAUCCUCGAGAUAAAGUCUUUGGGUUGAAUGCAUUAAUUAAAAGCGAGCUCUCCGGGACUCGGGCCUUGCAGCCAAACUAUAAUGUUAGCACUACGGAGUUAUAUACUGCUGUAGCAAAGGAGAUACUUGAGUAUUCGCCGAAUCUCAACUUGCUGUCUGUUCCCCGACGCUUCUCUGGUGCCGGUCCUUGUAAUUUGCCGUCUUGGGUGCCUGACUGGACUAAUACUCGACUCACCGCGCCUUUAGGCCUAGCAAACUACUCUGAUAUCAACGAGUUAAGUUUUACCGCAAGCGGGCUUUCAAAGCCUGAGAUCGUCCUCGAUACAGACUCAAACGUCCUCGGCGUCCAAGGCCACCGGGUAGAUCGUAUUACCGCUGUCGGUACAGUCCUCAGAUUAGAGCAUCUCCCACGGACGAACUAUCAUGGUAUCCGUAUUCCAAAGUGUGCCUUUGUCUUGGAUGAUUGGUGCCGUGUUGUUAGAGUCUGGGAAUCGGAAAUCUACAUUACCGGCGAACCGAUUCGUGAUGCCUUCGUCCAGACAUUAGCGGCCGGAUCCAGUCAUGAAAGUGCUGAAAUAUUACGUGCACAACUGGACAUCUUGGAGAGGAAUGCUACAAUAGUAAGAUGGCUUAGACGCUUGCCUAGAUUUUUCCCGGACUGGCUGGUAGAUAAGAUAGUAUAUUUGGUUCAUGCGAUGCUAUUCUAUGAUCGGACCGACCAAAUGACCUUGGGCUUUAGAAUCCCCCUAUCGUCACUGGCAGACCGCCGGGUGUUCAGGACUGAUAAAGGGUAUAUUGGCUUAGGAUCCGCUUUGACAGAGGUAGAUGACGAAGUCGCUGUCGUGGCAGGGGCAAAAGUGCCUCUUAUCCUGAGGAGAAAGGGGUCACAGUGGACAUUGAAGGGCGACUGCUUCUUAAAGGGGAUAAUGCAAGGCGAGGCAUAUCGUGAAGACGAAACCUCCCAAAUGUGGAUUGUCUGA